UACGUGACGUAUCUCAGCUAUAGCACGCGGCUCUCCAUGUCUUCUGGCUUCGCUCGUACAAUACUGGCCUUCCCAAUCAGUCCAUCUCUCCAGCUCCAAUCUUCCCAGAGUCCAGAGCCCCCAGUCACCAACAUGGAGACUGGGGGCACCGCAGGCUUCCAGUGGUCCUGCCAAAAUUCCUCUCUAGACACGCUUGCCCUUUCAAUCAUCGUCAUAUCUUCUGUGGUAUACUGCCUGUACCGAUAUCAGCGCUACCGAUGGUCAUCAUUCAACAAUGUUCCAGGUCUCCCAGACGGACAUUGGCUGUGGGGCGUUCUUCCUACCAUGCUCAAAUCCGAAGCCGAGGUCCCCCUACAGCACCACUUUCAGUUAUCAGUUUGUUCUAGGCGUGCCUCGCCUUGUAACCAUCGACCCCAGCACCGUCGCUAUGUUCUCUCCCAUCCCGAGAUAUUUCCCAAGCCCGACCAUGUCAAGAGCGACCUCAUAUCCCUUACGGGCGGUGGCCUAUUGGCGGGCGAGACUCACCAUCGACAGAGGAGGCUGCUCGCGUGCCGUCUAGAUCUGGCAAAUUUCAGUGUUUACUGCUCGGAGUGAAAGUCUUCUUAUGGUCUGUUUCUUGAUUAUUUAAACCAUAGAAGCCUGUGUGCAGACAUGGUAGAGCUAUGUGGAUCAAGAUCGUGGCAUGAAGAAUAUACAUG